UCUAAUAAUAGUUCCUAGUGUUUUUAAUAAAAUAGAUAAAAGGAAAAGAGUAAUUGCAGUAACAAGUAGUUAUUUAAAAUGGCUAAACACGAUGAAGAUUUUUACUACGAUAUUGCUAUGAAGCUGACUCUGGAAGCUGGACACGUACUAAAAGGCGUGACAUUUGCUAGAAAAACAGUGACAGAAAAACUAGGUGACUGGGAUCUUGUAACUGAAUAUGAUCGUAAAAUCGAAGAUAUUAUUGUAGGAAAAUUGAAACAGCAAUUUCCUGAUCACAAAUUUAUUGGCGAAGAAUCAACAGGUAAAAAUUUACCAGAGUUAACGGACGAUCCUACAUGGAUAAUUGAUCCGAUAGACGGAACAAUGAAUUUCAUUCAUAAUUUCCCACAAAUUUGUGUCGUCAUUGGACUGUCGAUUAAUAAAGAAAUGAGAAUUGGUAUUGUUUAUAACCCGAUUCUCGAUCAAUUAUUUGCUGCGAGAAAAGGAAGAGGUUCCUUUCUCAAUGGGCGUCCACUAAAAACGUCGACUGUUGAUGAUAUUUCAAAAUCACUUAUUGCUAUCGAACCAGCAUUUAUAAAAGUUGAUGACUUGAGAGAGAAAAUGAUCGAGAGGAUAAAAUUACUUGGAAGUAAAACUCACGGAAUAAGAACAAUUGGUAGCGCAGCAAUUACAUUAUGUCAUAUAGCACUAGGAGCUAUCGAGGGUUAUCAGAUAGAAGGUCCGGGAAUUUCAGCUUGGGAUAUUGCAGCAGCUUCUUUAAUUAUCACCGAAGCUGGGGGUGUUGUUAUUGAUCGCGUGACCGGAAAUGAUGUCAAUAUAAUGAACCCACGUGCUAUUGGUGCUUGUAAUAUCAAAAUAGCUAAAGAUCUUAAGAAAAUGAUCAACGAUGCUGACCGUCAAGUUGAACAACGAAAUUAGUUAUACUUGUAAAUAAUACUCUAAU